AUGAAAGCCGAUAAAUCCAGUAAUGCACUUCGUGAACUGAACCUUCGCUUGUUCGUCGACAGAUGCUCUGAGGUUGCGAUUCUGGAAGGAUUUGAACGAAGAAAUCAGAAACGCUGCUUUCGCACAUCGAAAGGCAGUUUUGGAUCUCAUUGCUUCAUCUCUGGAUUCCGCCUCGACUCCCUCCAUGAUCUGCUCAGAGUGAACACCGCUUGGAGCAGGAAAUACAGGGAGUCCAUUGGUGGACAUCAUUUGGAAUGUGGCACAUGUGUACAUAGUCUUUCACUGGCAGUGACUCAUUUUGACUUGACGAUAGGCAGGGGAACUAACAAGGGCGAAUCCAUGCCUGCUGUCACGGAGAUUUUUAGGACUAGAUUGGUGCCUUUUCUUUAUGAGAGGGGCUGGCGUAAAGGCUUGUCAGUAUUGCUUGGUUUUCCUGGCCCAGAAAAGGAGGCACCAGUCUUAGGUGGAAACGUAAUUGAUGCAAGUUGUGAAAGUGGAAUGUUUUCAGGAAUCGUGCUGCCAAGAGAGUUAUUUUCCUCUAUUGUUGCUUUGGGCUACUCGGAGAACAUGUUAAAGCAGUUAUAUGAAUCAUUAAACAAGAGGAAAACUUCCCUCAGAGAAAAAGUUCUCUAUUGAUGCACUCCAUCCUGGUUCAGCUAUAUAUAUCGAGCUAUACAUACCGCACCAGCUGCAGUCUGUCGAUGGUUUUUGGCUUUUUACUAGGGUAUGGACUUCUGCACUGAGUUAUUCCAGCUUUUGGUUUCAUUUUGUUGUAGACAUAUGUUUCCUUUUGUUGUAGAAAUAUCAAAACAAAAUAAGAAAAAAAUUGAUAGCACUAGAGGGACACGCUAGAUGGAGGGGUUGAAGCUGUUAACAGCCACACACUCUAACCAACUAACCAACUGAGCUAUUCCAGUUGAUGCUAAAUGUAUUUUAGCACUUAACUUUGUGUUAUCUCUACAUGCAAAGGAGGUACAAGUUGUGAUUCAUGUCAUUUUUAGGGAUGGUUUUCUUUCAUGUCAUUUUUAGGCACUUUCACUUUGUAAACAAAAUGAGAAACAAAACCUCCUACU